GUAUAGUCUUGAGGCGCUGCACAGACGUUUAGGAAUUAGUUUGGAUAGGAACAAUUACGAAAUAUUCGGAUUAAUUUUUAAUGUAAGCAAGCGAAGUUUCUUAGGAUUGUUACUGAGGAAUAUUGUUGAUCAUUUUGAAAAAAACACAAACAACAUUGCUGAUUAAAGAGAUGCUAUAAUUUCGGAUAUCCUAGGUUAUUCUAGACCAUUUAAUUCCAAAGAAAAUUCGUAUGUAGGAUGACCAACAGUUUUUUGGUAUAAGCACCAUGAAUAUUGAUGGCGUCAUGAUGGUCGCUUCUCUUAUGCUUUUACCGUCAUCGUUAAUGGUACAUGGACAGACGGCUCCUACAACGCCAUGGCACUACUACCCGAUAUUUGGCGACUACGAUUCCUUCAGCUUCCUUAAAUACGGCCCCGGCAUUUGCACUGACUCUUGGACGUGUGGAAACGGCCUCACAUAUCCGGUCAAAAACUGCCAUUGUGACAAGCUCUGUGUAUAUAUGAACGAUUGUUGCGAUGAUUUUGUAACCGAUCAGUCAUUCGGGGGUAACUAUCCUAUAGUAAACGCAGACCAGUUCUCAUGCGAGAGAGUUGAGGGUCUUGACAUGAACACAGACUUUUACGGUGUUUUGAUGGUUUCUAAGUGUUCAUCAAACUGGACUGAAACACAGACAAAACGUCUAUGCGAAAGUGACUUUCAGCUUGAGGAGGAUCUAAUGAAGAAAACGCCUGUUUCGGACGGCUCUUAUUUGCAAAUAACGUACAAAAAUAUGUACUGCGCUUACUGCAACUUUGAAUAUGAUAUUUCAUUUUGGUCACCACAAUAUGAAUGCUAUGAAAAUAUAACAAAUGUACGCCUAUUACCAUUCAGUCCGGAUUGUGAGCUUUUUUUCACUGCGCCGAUGUUUAAUCCUUCGCCAAGAAUCUGUGGACUGGUGCCACCAAUUUCCAAAUGUGCCAAUAACUCAGAAGUGGAGUUUAUUGGCCUUUGUGAACACGGUCGUUAUUACACUGUUUUUGAUGAAUAUGGUAAAACGUACAGAAACGAGCAUUGUGCGCAGUGUAAUGGAGUAAAUAUGAGCGAGCUUUAUUGCACAAAUCCUGAAUCGGCUAAUAGGGGGAUCCUAACUGCGAUGGGCGGGGGACAUGGGGACAGUCUAAGGCUGCUAGUCGACCUUAAUCUCAAUACAGCGUACAAGGAUGGAGAAAUCAUUAAUUCCAGGAAAUGCAACAAUGAUGAAAUAUACGAUUUAGUGUAUGAUAAAUGUCGGGAGGUGUUUUGCCCACCACCUACAUUUUUUCGAAACGGUCGCUGCAUCCCACACACUUUAAAUGCACAUUUUCACAUGAAAGACCAAAAGCAACAAUAUUCAGACUUACAUAAUUGUACAUGGGCAAAACUAGACCCAGCUGAAUAUACAUUUACGAACGAUUCCAAACUGUUUAUUCCAUCGGCACAGGAAACCUACAACGAGUCUCAAUUCCACCAGAAUGGCACAGACGUUUUUAUCUGUCACAGUGAAAACAAUACCUGUGUUCAGUGCGAUUUGGUCCACGUUAGGUUCAACUUUGAUGAGUCGGAGGUGUACUUGUCAACGAUCGGACUUGUAAUUUCAAUCCUUUCUCUUCUUUUGACUGUGAUAAUUUAUUCUACUUUUCCGCAGCUUCUCAAUACUCCAGGAAAGAUCCUUAUGUGUUUGGUGGUAUCUCUUUUGCUAGCGCAAUUGUUGUUCUUAAUUUCUUCAGAAGUGUCUUCUUAUCCUUUAGCAUGCAAAAUACUGGCAAUAUGCGAUCAUUAUUUCUUUUUGGCAGCCUUUUGUUGGAUGAACGUAAUCGCAUUCGAUUUGUGGAAAACUUUCUCAAGUAGGUUUACUGCUUCAAGUUCAAGCGAAAGUGCGAGGAAAAAGUUGUUCUUUUACAGUAUCUAUGGCUGGGUUGUUCCAUUGAUAAUUGUUGGCGUGGCUUUGAUCUUAGAGUUUGGGGAUUUUGAUAGUUUAGAAACAAGCGUGAGACCAUACUAUGGUCGAAAUAUAUGUUGGAUCAGUUCGCGCAAUAGUCUAAUAAUAUUUUUUCUGGCUCCGCUUGCUUUUUUCAAGCUCUUCGACAUAACUUCUUUUAUUUUUACGUCCGUGCACAUUGCUCGAGCAAGCAAACAAGGAGCCGUUGCUAGGAGGAAUAAAUACACGUGUUCGUUGCUGAUCAACAUCAAGCUCUCCCUAGUCAUGGGUCUAACAUGGGUGUUUGCCUUUGUUGCAAAUGUGGCAAACUUGCAGUUUAUGUGGUACUUGUUCAUAAUAUUCAACACACUACAGGGCCUCUUCAUCGCCAUCAGUUUUCUAUGCACGAGAAAAGUGGGCCGGUUGGUACACGAGAAAUAUGAGGUACUCUUCAGCACAUUUACUUUCCGCCAGUCCAUUGCAGACACGCAGACAACUUCUGUCUCGAAAACCACCUCACAGGCUAUAUGAAUUUACAUGAACAGAACAGAUAUGCAUAAGACAAAAAAGUGCUAAACAAUGUAGCUAAAACAUACUUUAAUAUCAUCGAUGAAAUUUUCAUUUGCUGUAAUUUUAUAGUCCUUUUCAUAACAUCGACAUCCGUUUAAAUUUUAAAUAUGUAUAUAUAUAUAUAUAAAUCACAUAUAGCAAAGGCAUUGAACGAAAUGCCUACGACAUUGAUAUUUCUUAUCGGCACUCGGCAAGCCAGUAUUUUGUUUAGUGAUAUUGAAGUGUAUAUUUUAUGAUACUGUUGGGAUGUUAAGAUAAUGUUUAGAUAUGCUUACGUCCUGGCUUAAUUUUAGUUACUUUGUAAAACAUUAUAUAUAUAUCUGCUUAUAUAUAUAUAUAUAAAUUAUAUAUUACAUUAUAUAUAUAUGUGUGUGUGUGUGUGUGUGUGCGUGCGUGCGUGCGUGCGUGCGUGCGUGCGUGCGUGUGUGUGCAAAUAAAUGAAAUCAAAUUUUGAAUACUACCGUCGGUGUAGCGUAGAAGAUACUCUGCAUACGGCAGGCAUGUAUAUUUUUGGUGAUAUUGAAGUGAACAUUUGUUUUUAUACAUACUGUCUGAAUUGUUUUGAUCUUCAGCGGCUUACGUUUUGCUACGUCCUCUGUUAAGCUACUUAAAAAUAAAAAUAUAUACCUGAAU